UGUGCAGUUCAAACAUAGAUAAAGAACUUAUUGCUCCGAAGCCAGUGUGACACAGUCAUUAAGGAGACGGCAGUAACUGUGCUAGGGGAGAGGAAAGUGAAACUGAUAGCUAGCAUGCCUCAGUGCCUGAAGCGGUGCGCCUGCAAUUGUGUAUGCGGUGACGCCGUGCUACAAACCGUUUGUAUCCCGUACUACAGAACACGAAUUCCCUCGAUCUGAACACCAAUGUCCGAGUCUCCAAUGGUGUCCAGCCGCCGGUUGACGUGAUUCUGCGGACUACUCCUCUCCUUCACAGCGAGUGAAAUGAAUUUCGCAUUGUUUAAACUUUAAUUCCUACCCAAAAAAUCUAUUUAAAGGACUUGGAAAAAAGGGAGAUGAAUCCCGCAGCGCUCUCGAUUCUUCUUCUGUCUGCCGCGGCAUUGCUGGAGCUUCCACAGAUGAAAUGUGACUCCUCAAUACCAAUGGACCUCGCUGAAGAUGCCCUUGAUGAUCAAUAUCAGGGAUGCAGAGAGACGAUGUUAAAAAAUAUUAACACAACUCAUCUUCCAUCAGAAUUAAAUAAAAACCCAGCACUUAAAAAGGCGUGGAAAAUCGCACAGAGAGAAACGAAAAGACAACGCCAUAAGGAACUGAGUUUGGAGCAAGCCACGGCCAUCUAUGUUUACACCAUGGAUGACGUUUACAGCGCGUUCAACGCCGCGAUCCGAACAGGAGGCACACGUUACAGCGAAUUCCCGUUCAAGGCGUUGCAUUUCCAUUUGACAGACGCCCUGAAGGCUCUGAGACCCAAUAAGAAUACAUGUUAUGAUGUGUUCAGAGGAGUUAAAGUAAAAUUCAAGACGGCUGAAGAUAAAACUGUUCGAUUCGGGCAGUUUGCAUCAGCCUCUCUAAACCAAAGUGUCGCGGAGGGCUUUGGAAACGCAACGCUGUUCGCAAUAAGAACCUGCCUCGGCGUGCCCAUUAAAAAGUAUUCAGAGAAACCACAGCAGGAAGAGGUGCUGAUUCCACCUUUUGAAGCAUUUAAAGUGAUGAAAGUCAAUGGAAAUGAAAUCCGACUGGAGCAUAUUGCAGACCAGAGGAGUAAUUUCAACUGUCUGGAGUGUGUUACUGUCUUUAAACCCCAGUGCGCUUUUAAUAAGUACUCAUACUCGUGUAAUUGAACUAGACACUGUGCAGGAGCAUUGGGGGAGUGAUCCCAUCUCUAUUAACGUGAUAAUCGAUACAGCUCUGGAUAAAAGAGUUACGUCAUCACCUUCUGGUCAUCAGUGUGGAGUAGUGGUUAGGGGCUCUGGACUCUUGACCGGAGGAUCGUGGGUUCAAUCCCAGGUGGGGGACACUGCUGCUGUACCCUUGAGCAAGGUACUUUACCUAGAUUGCUCCAGUAAAAAACCCAACUGUAUAAAUGGGUAAUUGUAUGUAAAAAUAAUGUGAUAUCUUGUAACAAUUGUAAGUU